AUGUCUCUUGGACGGAUGAAUUUGCAUACACUCUCUAGUGUUCGAAUUGGACAAAUCAGUGAUAAAUUAUCAUUCAUAUUUUCAAAGUUUAACAGUGGUCGAUGUAAUCUCCGUCAGUAUUCGAAUAUAAUCAAUCAAUAUAUUGGUGAAGAUUCUACUAAACAAACAGAUAAUGAAUUCCCAUCAUAUCCACAAUGUUUAUCUUGGACGGAUCCAAAUGAAUUGGCGCAUUAUCUUAGCCAACAUGUAGUAGCUAUGAGUGAACAUUUUGUUGUGAUUGAUAAACCACCUAAUCUUUCUGUUUGGGGACACUCAUUAACCAAUCGUGAAGCCUGUUCGAUAAUCAACCCGAAAGCUUUCUCCCCUUCAAAUAUUGGUGUCAACGAUUGUUUACAACAUCUGAGCAGUAUAUUAACAUCAUGGGAAGAAAAUCAACCAAAAGAAAAGUUGAGCAACGAGUCAAAGAAUUCACAUGGUACUGUUGAAAUUCCUAAGUUGCAUAUUAUUGAAGCAUUGCCAGCUGCUUAUUCUGGUCUCAUUUUAUUGGGAAGAAAUGAAAAGUAUACAGCUGCUGCUCGUCAGUUUUAUAAAUCAGCAAUUGCCGGAGGUGCACCAUGGGAGUUAUAUCAAAGACUUCUAGUUGUUUGUUGGGGUAGGCCUCAUCAAAUGCAUUCGAAAAUAAGUUCUUUCCCAAUUGCUUCGUACGCAUUAAAUGAUCAUCUUUGUGUUGGUUAUAGACCAUCUGCGGACGAAAUUUCCACUGGUUUAAAAAGGAAAGGUGUCAUCUUACAAAAACGUGUCAAGCAUACAACUAUUGCUGAAAGCAAUAAUAAUAAUAAUGCUAGUCUUGUAGAACUUGAAACAAACAGCACUUUUCGUGGUUUACCAGAAGUUUAUCUAUUAUAUGAAGGAUGUUCUGUAGUUGGAGAAACUUUUCAAGCUUCGCGUCUUGUAAAUACUGGAGUAUUUCCUGUCGUACUACAUCCCAGUAAAAUUCGUUUGGAUUAUACUCUUCCUCCAAAACAACGACAACUUCUUGGUCAUGCAAAUACUAACUCACAAGAUAUACCUGUGCAUAUUCAUCGUUCACAUUUAUAUUUGCCUAUUCCUUUCUAUACAAAAUCGCUUAAUCUUUGUGUUCGACCAUAUAUUAAAAAGCCUUCACAUAUCUUUGAAAAUAAACAUGUAAAUUCUCCACUAGAUUUGUCUAGUUCUCUAUCGCUAUCACAUGUAAAAUCGAAUGAUUCUCCAGAUCGCACAACUCACUUUUACUUUUUAACUUGCAGCUCAUCUAACUUACCUACCUACUUUUCUACUACUUUAAAGCGUCUUGGUCUGGAAUUUGACUAUACUAGUUGGCUGAAAGCAAAACAUGUAAAUAUUUGUCGUAACAAAAGUAAUAAAAAUGAUGAUGAUGAUAAUAAUAAUACUGAUUUUGUAACCAAAUAG